AUGAGCGCCCCGACGACGCGAAAUGCGAACCACGAGCGUCCGUCGACGUCACAGAGCGCCGCGAGGCGCACACGAACGGUCGACGCUGCGAUCGAAGAUGCGCGCGUAUUCACGCCUACCUUGGAGGAGUUUGCUGAUCCUAUCGUGUACCUGACGAAGAUUGAGCCGCUGGUGCGGCGAACGGGGAUAUGUAAGGUGAUCCCGCCACGCGGUGCGAAGCCGACGUGGAACGAAGAUGUGUGGAGAAAAGACGUGUCGACGUUCGAGACGAAGCUGCAAAACGUGCACAAACUCAGUGAGGGGCGAUUAUUUCAGUUCGGAAAGUCGUACACGAAAAGUGGGUACAAGGCGAUGGCGAUGGCGUUCGAGAAGGAGUGGGCGGAGGGUCGGGCAGAUUUCGACGCGUGCGACGUGAACUCAGUCGAGCGGGCGUUUUGGAACAUGGUGGAGACGCAGGAGGAGAAGGCGGCGGUGGAAUACGGGAACGAUCUUGACACAAAGGAGUUCGGCACCGGCUUUGGCGUCGAUGCCCACGGUGAGCGGCAUCCGUGGGACUUUGAACAUUUGUAUUCGCACCCGCUCAACCUGUUGCGAGUUAUUGAGCACGACAUCCCCGGGCUCACCAAACCGUGGUUGUACCUGGGGAUGCUCUUUGCGACGUUUUGUUGGCAUGUUGAGGAUCACUUCUUAUGCUCGGUGAACUACUUACACACGGGUGCGUCGAAGACGUGGUACGGGGUCCCUGGGAGCGACGCAGAGGCGUUUGAGAAUUGUGCCAGGGCGACGGUGCCUCGUUUGUUCCAGCAAGCGCCCGACAUCUUGCACCAGAUCGUCACUAUGGUUCCUCCGGGAAUUUUGAUCGACCACGGUGUCAAGGUGGUGCACACGGUGCAGCACCCGGGUGAGUUUAUCGUGACGUUUCCACGCGCGUACCACGCUGGUUUCUCGCAUGGCUUUAACGUCGCCGAGGCGGUGAACUUCGGACACGCCAACUGGCUCGAUCAUGGUCGUCGCGCUAUCGACGUUUACAGCACUGGUUCUUUCAAGCGUAACGCUGUGUUCGCACAUCAUCGACUGCUCGCCAGAGCAGCCGAAACCUUCGCUGAGGUCCUGAAUGCGAAGGGUUUGCUCCUGAAGAGUAAAGUCAUGGGCACAGUCAUCGCGACGCUGUGCAAGGAACUCGAAUCGAUCGUGAGUGAUGAAGAGAUUUAUCGCUCUUCGCUCGUUCGACGCGGUUUAAAGAUGGAAGUGGUCGCGCUCCCUAAUGAAGACGACGACGCGUGCUGUAUUCGCUGCAAAGCGAUUCCGUUUCUCUCUGUCGUUCGAUGCAAGUGCCUGCCCACCGCGGUGCGCUGCCUUCGACACGCCAUGGAUGGGUGCGACUGUGCGGCGUCAGAGCGAUGUCUUGAGGUGCGCGUCAUGGGUUCGUACAUCCGAGGUCUUCUACGUUCAUUACUCCUCGGUGAGCCCGUGGAAAAAGCUGGCGGCAUGGCUGAGGAGAAGGACCUGGAGAAAUUCGUAGCAAGUGUGAAAACGGUAGCCGUCAUUCGCUCGCCGUCAACGACCGCUGCGCCGCCAGCGUCGAAGAAAUCCAAGCUCUCCGAUCUGGACCAGACCGUAGAGGGCUUGCAAGAACGCAUCGAAGAGCGGCAAGCACUCUUAUCUCGCACCGAGGGGGGUAAAGUCUGGACUAGUGAGCGCGCCAAGGCGUUCGACAAAGCCGCCGAGCAACUCGGCGGCAUGUUCAAGGCGACGAGUGGGGACAUCGGCAAGAUCCUCCGCGAUGAAUACGACAUCCAUGCUUCACGAGAUCAGAUAGGUAGUCGCCUGCAGAAGUGUCGCAAUAAGCUCAGGCGCGAGCAACAGUCAACUGACGGAGACGGCGUGUAA